AUGUCAAGGGUAUAUUUAGCAUGUCUCUUUCAUUUAUGUGUCCUAAGUGCUGGAAAUGUAUUUCGUUUGUUAGCAAGAAGAGAAAUAUGUCCACGAACAAAAUGCUUGCCGAAGAAGCACUGGGGAGAGGCUCCUAAGCAAAAUUGCUAUUCUCCGUUUGGGAUCCGGAGUGAAGCCAAGAGAGAUGCUAGACGUGGCCUUUCCUCUUGGGUGGAGGCGGAGUCUUUGGAGCAUUUAUCGGCCAAAUAUUGUUCGCUGGUGCCUCCUCCUAGGUCUACUAUUGCUACUGCAUUUAGUCCAGAUGGGAAAAGUCUUGCUUCUACACAUGGGGAUCACACGGUAAAGAUAAUUGACUCUGAAAGUGGAUACUGUCUGAAGGUGCUGAGGGGUCAUCGACGAACACCUUGGGUGGUUAGAUUUCAUCCGAAGGAUCAUGAAAUACUUGCAAGUGGAAGCUUAGAUCAUGAAGUGCAUGUAUGGAAUGCAAACACAUCAGAAUGCAUAGGAUAUCGUGAUUUCUACCGUCCUAUUGCUUCUCUUGCUUUCCAUGCUGAAGGGGAACUCCUUGCUGUGGCAUCAGGUCACAAGCUGUAUCUAUGGAACUACAAUGGAAGUGGAGAGAACUCAUCACCAACAAUUUUAUUGAAGACAAGACGGUCACUUCGUGCUGUGCAUUUUCAUCCUCAUGCUGCCCCAUUGCUUUUGACCGCUGAGGUCAAUGAUCUAGAUUCUUCAAAUUCCUCAAUGUCGAGGGCAACGUCUCUGAGCUGUUUGCAGUACCCUCCCCCUUCUCUACAUAUGGCAAACAUCAAUUCACGGAAUCUUCUUAAUGUGGCUGCUGAACUGUCUCUUGUACCUUCUUUUAACCCAUAUCCAUCUUCAUCUGCAAUUGAUGAUAUUCAGAUAAAUGCAAGAUUAGUGGAGCAAAAUGAUCAGAGAGCUUUCCCAGUGGAUAUGUAUGCAACCACUUCCACCACACAUACUGGAUUGCAAGAUAGAUUGAUUAGUUCUUUUGCUUACAGGGAGCAAAAUUCUAUCUCUGGGACUGCUGUAGAUGCUAUGGACACAUCUGAAAUGCAGCAUAUAGAGGGGUACCACCCCAGGGGCCCAUCUGACCAGGAGACACCUGGUCCUGGAGUUAGGCCCUUGCCAUCAAUUUCUCAUACUCUUGAGCUUCCCAUUCCAAUACCUAGACAGGUGGAGUCAUCGAGAUUUGGUCAAAAUGGUUCUUUACCUUCAAGACAAUCAUCACCUUGGGAUUUACCUUUUCUUCAAGGAUGGUUGAUAGGUCAAAGUCAAGCUGGGAUACAUCCUAGACUUCCUGUGAGCAGUCAUAUGCAUCCAGUGGGCUAUCCUGGAAUACAUGAUGUCUCAUUGACGUCCAACUCUUUUACGUGUAACAGAGUUUUGCCAUCUAUUAUGAGCAGAUCUGUGGAAGCAGAAAGUUCUGGUUUACAGCAACAGCCACAGCUUACUGAGAAUAGGAUUCUGAAUUCGCUUCAGAGAGUUGAUUCCAUUCCUAUUUUGGGUGUAAUACCGUCUGAACUUUCUGCCUCAUUGUCCACCACAGUUGGUGCUGAGUUGCCAUGUACAGUUAAGCUGAGAUUAUGGUUGCAUGAUAUAAAAAACCCAUGUGCCCCUCUAGAUACUGACAAGUGCCGCUUAACCAUACCGCAUGCAGUUCUUUGCAGUGAGAUGGGAGCCCAUUUUUCACCUUGUGGGAGGUAUCUUGCUGCAUGUGUUGCAUGUGUACUUCCUAAGGUAGACGCUGAACCUAGUUCUGUAUCACAACUUAACCAAGACAUUGGAGCGGAUGGAUUAUCUCCAACUAGACACUCAUCCUUAGCACACCAAGUUUUGUAUGAGCUUCGUAUUUACUCCCUCAAGGAGUCAACUUUUGGUUCAGUGCUAGUAUCUAGGGUGGUUAGGGCUGCUCAUUGUUUGACUUCCAUCCAGUUCUCACCCACGUCGGAACACAUAUUGCUCGCGUAUGGUCGCCGUCAUAGUUCUCUUCUGAAAAGCAUUGUGAUGAAUGGAGAAGUCUCACUGCCAGUUUAUACAGUUUUAGAGGUGGUUUUUCUUAAAAGUUUAUCUUUGGCACUUUGGGAUCAGGUCUACAGGGUCUCAGAUCUGGAACUUGUUAGCGUGCUUCCUAGUGCUCAAGAUGAGGUCAAUGUAGCUUGUUUUCAUCCUUCUGUGGGAGGAGGUCUUGUUUAUGGAACCAAGGAAGGAAAACUGAGGAUCCUGCAGUAUGAUGGAGCUUACAGAUUGAAUAGUAGCACAUCAAACAUCUUUCCAACAGCACAACAUACCUGAGGUAGAAUAGUGUUCCAGAUUGUGGAGGACUUGUAUAUUUUUAGUUUUUUAUGAAGGUGUGACCAGUACUACCAUUGAUUCAUCUACUUCUUGUGUAUGUGAAUGUACGUUCAUAACUAGCAAGUAAUAAAAUCCUUCUUCGUACUGACUA